AUGCCGCCUCAAGUCCGAACCAGCCUGGAGUUCACUAUAUAAUCAGCACUCACCCAGCCCUCCUGCAAAGCUUGUCCGCCUGGGCGCUAGGCACACCAGACUGAAGGACGUCUACACAUCGCUGUCCAUCUUCCGGACCGAACCAUGAAGCUUUUUUGUCGCCUACAGUUGUUAAACAGGAAGGGUUUCCUUCCGUGAUAGCAGUCCUGCACCAUGGAGCUGAGAUAACCUCUUCCUCUUGCACCAAGCUCGGCCCCCAUUGGAUCUUCUGCAUAUUAACCAUGGGGACGUGGCGAAGCUUGCGCGUGGCGUUUAUUUUGGGCUCUGUGUUCGUGAUCCUGCUAAUCAUCGCCUAUUGGGAUGACGUUGGCGGGUUCAACCUCUACCCUCUGCGGGACCGCAACCUUGAGUGUUGUCCUCAGACUGCCACUAACCCCUCUUCCACGCUCCCGGCAUCCAUUGCAGCAACAUCCAGCAUGAUGUGGUCUCCUGAGGGCAUGAACAAAAGUGUGGAGGGGAGAAAGCAACUGCAGACUGGAAGAGGGUAUGCAGUGGCGAAUAACGAAGGGGACGAGAGCAGGGAUACGGCUGGACGUCAGCAGCAGACGGCGAGGAAGCAAAGGAUUAUGGAUGUUUGUGCAGGGAAGGACUUUCCUGGAAGUACCCGUGCAUUUGAACAGAUUCCAAACAGGGAAUUGGACCACCUGAUAGUCGAUGACAAGCACAAGAUCAUCUACUGCUAUGUUCCUAAGGUUGCGUGCACCAACUGGAAGAGGGUGAUGGUGGUCCUGUCAGAGUCUCUGGUCUCUCCCAUCUCAGGAAAGCCUUACACUGACCCGGGGUCAAUUCCUGCAAACGUUGUGCACAAAACUUCGCUUCACCUCACUUUUGCCAAGUUUUGGCGCCAAUAUGGUUCUCUGUCCCGCCACUUGAUGGAGGUCAAGCUACAGCACUACACCAAGUUCCUGUUCGUACGGGACCCCUUUGUCCGACUCAUUUCGGCCUUCAGGAGCAAGUUCGGAAGGCCCAACGAGGACUUCUAUCGCAUGUUUGGCUCGGUCAUCCUUCGGCGCUUCGGCAACCUAUCAGGGAGUUUGCCGGAAACUGCGGCCGAUGCGUUUGCGGCAGGGAUCAAACCAACCUUCCAGCAGUUUGUCUCAUACCUGCUGGAUGCAGAAACUGAGAGGGACAGCAUCUUCAAUGAACACUGGCGCCAGGUAUAUCGUCUCUGCCAUCCAUGCCAGGUGAAGUAUGACUUCAUUGGGCGACUGGAAACACUGGAAACGGAUGCCGAGCAACUUCUGAAGCUUCUUCAAGUGGAUCAUUUGCUGCGAUUCCCCUCGGGACCGGAUAACCGAACUGCGGCCAGCUGGGAAAGAGACUGGUUUGCACAGAUUCCUGUCUCAAUGAUGACAGAGCUGUACAAGCUUUACCAACCAGACUUUGAGCUCUUUGGCUAUCCUGAACCUGUAAGCGUGCUCCGCCACCAGUAAACCAAGCGCCACCCCGUCAAAAAAGCCCCGCCUGAGAUGCUGUUUGUUUCAGAAAAUACCUCACAAACAACAUGUGCCUACCAGUAUAGUUGUGGUAUUUUUGUAUUUUGUGGCCAACUUGCAAGGUACUCUGUUCCAACAAGUUUGCCUACGUUAAAGCACUUUGAUGUUUUUUUUUUUAAAGAUUAAAUUAUAAUAGAAUUUAAGGGACAAAGACUUAUUUCGCAGGGUAAUAAAAAAUAUGAUUGCAUCUAAUUUACUUUCCAAUAGUUUGAAUUGAAAGAAUUCAGUUUGCUGAGAGCAUGGUAUUUCACUAUCAUUUUUUAAAAAACAACACAAUGUCUUGCUACUACUAUGCUGUAACAACAAAUUUACUACUCAGGUCGGUAGCAAGCUAUUGCUGUCCAUCUAUCCAUUUUUUUCUUCCUUCGGCACUUUUUUUCACUUUUGUUUCAGUAACAUGGUCAAAAUAUGAGGGGGGGGAAAACAAGUGCAGGUGUAAAGUGAAAAUGUUAACCAGAUUUUUUUUUAACAAACAUAGAGAUGACAUGAAAAUUAAUUGCACAGGUGAAUAAAAUUAUAGCCAAAUAAGAAUAAAAAGCUCAAAGAUUAAAUAAAAAUAUGUACAUGCAGAGGUGGGUAGGGUAGCCAAAAAUUUGACUCAAGUAAGAGUAGCUAUACUUCUAAAUCAUAUUACAAAAGUAUAAGUAGUCAUCCCAAAAUUUACUCAUGUACAAGAAAAAAAGUAUUUGUUGGAAAGAAUACUCAUGACGAGUAACAUUGUGAGAAACUGCUUACAAUGUUGAUGUUUGUUUAAUAAUGGUAUUUUUCUUUUCUCAACUUGCAACUGGUUAUGCCACCUUAUAUGAUCCCAACAGCGCUCGCUGGUUUACUGAUGUAACACUGGCAAAUUGUUGGCAAUAUUCGGCACGUCUUUGCUGAAAACAAAAAAAAAAACAAGGAGCUUAUCACUGUGAUUGCAAUCUAAUGUCUUUAAGUGAUAUCUUAAUAGCGUACCGCACGAAUGCCAUUUUUAGACCGCAAGUCUGCGUGACGUCACCAUUGUAAACCGGAAGGGGGUCAACAUCGAGGCGCGCUCCCAUACAACCCAUGCUAGUAAUGCUUGUUUUCUGCCGGUAAUCUUUCAAAAAAAGAACAUGCCGAGUAAACACUGUUGCUAUGGUACUCGUAGAAACAACUCGACAUUACGACCGUCCACAUAUGAAGGAUGUUUUCUUCAUACAUUUCCCGAAGCCAAAACCUCAGAGGGAAAAAAUGUGAACAAUGGAUCAACUUGUGCGGAUGUCCAAAAGACCAGUUUGUGCAGUAAACAUUUUGGUGGGACUGAUCCAUUGCCUACCACAGCCUGCUCCAAAGAGGUAAGCCAUUUUGAUAAUUUAGUUAUUUUUUAGCGUGGCGUUUUGCCAUGCUGCUUCUGUCUGACAAUGAAAGACCGGGGGGGGGACAAUUUUAUUUAUACAACCCCUAGCAAAAAGUAUGGAAUCACCAGUCUCGGACGAGCACUCACUCAGACAUUUUAUCAUGCAGGACAAACUCAAACUUUUUGAGAAGUCAAACGGGCCUUUCUGAUCGGUCCAAUUGGCUCGCUGUUGCAUUCAGCGUCCUCUAAUUCUUCAAAAACAUCACUUUUGUAAAUUUGUACCACUUAGGCCCGAUUUGGUGAAAAACCCUUGUGUUUGUAGAGCGAAUACACAGCACUUGUGACUCCUAGUGGCCGAAUUCACAGCUACAGCUAAGUUAUAUUUUUUUAGACCUGCAGGUAACUCUCAGGGAAAGUGGUCACAACAAUGGACAGCUAUGUUGACAGAUAAGUUGGUACUUAAGACCUUUAACCCUUUAUAGAACAGAAUCAUAUUUUUAGUAAUUAUUUUUGACGUUAAGGCCCAUUUUAUAGGGCAUAUGACUAUUUGUCAAACUAGCGUUUGUUAUUAUACAGCCUCAUUAUAAAUAAUUGUAUUUUUAUAUUUUCUAUAAAUAUGAAUACAUUCGUGAAUUAAGGCAAUGUUAAAAACUAAAUUAAGAAAAUUUAAAUAAAACAAAUAUACACAUUGGUUACUACCCCAAGCAACACUAAAGUUUUUUUUUUUUUCCCUGUAAUUGCAUGCCACCGAUGGCAUAGACGUCAAAUUCAUUUUGAUGUUCAUUUAUCUCUCCCAGUCAAAAUGGUUUGGAUGUAGAGUGCCAUCAAUGGUAGUAGUUAAAUGAAUGCCAUUAUAAGGGUUGGAGGGAGGUAAAAAAAAAAAAACAUAAUUCUUUCAUAAUUUUUUUUUGUUUUUUUUUUUUUGCGACAACUAAAAUUAUUUUGGUCACAACUACAAAUGUAUUUGGUACAACUUUGUUAUCUUUUGGUAACUGUACCCAGUCUAUACGCGGACUAUGCAGCUGCUUAGGGCCCCUGACCACCGGGGGGCCCCAAUCUGGCAAUUGUUUAAUUCAUAUUUUAUUUUGUUUACUACAUUUUGCUUUAGUUGACUUUUGUGAGUUUUGAUACUUAAUUUCAAGCUUAGAAAAAUAAAAGUUCUUCCUUAACUUUUAUCUUUUCCUCUUUUAGAAUAAGGUUUGGAGCUAUCUACUGUAAGUACUGAAAAUCAUUUGGGGUGAGAAGUUUGAUGUAUGCAGUGCAACAAAAUCUUAUUAAUAUACAAAGUAUGGACGUAUGGGUUGGAUUGCAUGUAUGGGUUUCACAGUACAGUGUGACGAAAUGGUGGGCCAAAAAUAUGGGCCCCUUGGCAUUAUUUUGCUUAGAGUCCCCAAAUGGCCUGGGCCGGCCCUGACUGUACCUGUAGUUGGAGUGCAGGUAAAGCAAAUUCCUUUUUUUUUUUAUGACUUACAAAAAAUAGUAAUAGUAGUAGUUUUUACAUGUAUGUCCUCAUGUAGGCUUU